GCGCUAGUACGUGCGUAAUGGUGGGCGGGGCCUGUGCGUCGGUGUUCUCUCGAACAAACAGCGGAAGCGGCAGAGUGUCACCGAACAGCGCUCGCGCAUUAAACAUCUAUAAUACAACGAGAACCAUGAAGAUCUGGACGUCAGAACACGUUUUCAACCAUCCGUGGGAAACCGUGACCAAAGCUGCCAUGCAGAAGUACCCGAACCCCAUGAACCCCAGCGUGUUUGGCGUGGACGUCUUGGACCGUAAUGUGGACCAGCAGGGACGGCUUCACAGCAAACGUCUUCUCAGCACUGAAUGGGGUCUGCCGUCCAUCGUGCGAUCGAUCAUGGGCAAUGCGCGGUCAUGUACGUACAUCCAGGAGCACUCUGUAGUCAAUCCCAAAGAGAAAACCUUUGAGCUUCAGUCCACUAAUAUCAGCUUCACUAACAUCGUGUCUGUGGACGAGCGGCUAGUUUACCGACCGCACCCAGACGACCCGGAGAAGACCAUGCUCACGCAGGAGGCCAUCAUCUCUGUGAAGGGUGUCAGUCUCAGCAGCUAUCUGGAGGGACUCAUGGCCUCCACCAUCUCCAGCAACGCAGGAAAGGGUCGUGAGGCGAUGGAGUGGGUGAUCAGACGUCUGAACACCGAGAUCGAGGAGCUGGCCAUCACAGCCAGAGGAACCCUGAGGACACCGAUGGCUGCCGCCGCCGUCACCGAGAACUGACCGCUCCUCUCUUCCUCUCUGUCGCCGCUCUUUACACAUCGUUCUCCAAUGGUGGAACUUCAUUCCCGGCGUCCUGCGCAUCCGAGCGUCUACAUUAGAAGCUGACGGGACGUCCGGCGGCGGAGAGUCGGUCUCGACCGCUGGUGACACACAACCCGAAGAACAUGAAGCGGCAGUGGAGCGCUCAUUCACAACAAACCCUCAAACACAGUUUUAAUGAAUCAGUAUAAUGGGACAGACCCAUGCUCUCUGAUGUCAUGAUGGAAGAGGAACGUAUGCCAAACCAUUCAGCUCUGUUUCACGGGACUCUUACAGUCAGAGGACGCAGCUGUUCAACACACUUGAAAACUGUUAGGAAUAUUAUAACUUAUCUUUAUUACUAUUAUUAUACUAGUAACACUUAAUCCAAGCGGCAAGGAAGGGAACAAACAUAUCCAGAGUAGAUUUGGAGGAUCAUCGCAGAUGAUUCUUCAGAAACGCUGAGCACUGAAGAGAUGAUGGUGUAGGAAACGACAGAACGUCACAUGACCAGCAUCAUCAGGAAUGUUUCAUAUAAUGUUUAUAUAUUCAGUAGUGAACAACAGGGACGCUGGAUCCAGGCGUGAGGUGAAAUGUGUGUUUGAGGAGGAUGAAAUACAUUCUAUUUAUUU